AUGGCUCCCUUAUAUCCGCUUGGAAGGGACUAUCAAAGCAACGUAAUCAUAAAUUCCCUCCUCCUCCCCAACGGUCUCCUUCCCGAACUAACAAAUCUUUCCAGCGGUCUCCCGCCGAACCCAAAACCCAACUGGGCCGAUUACACCGUCCCCAUGGUCCGGUUCCCAGACGGCAGCUUCGUGAUGGAUUCCGCGCAGAUCGCCCCCAAACUCGAAGCAUUGCAACCUGAGGCUCCCUCUCUGCUUCUGAAUCGGAGCCUGGAAGAGGAAGUCCAGAAGGCUCUGAACGAGGGGUUCAUGCCGGUUUUCCCGUCGCUUUGUCGGAGGCUGUGUGAGAGGGUGGUUGCGGGGGAGGAUGGGGAGUGGUUUGAAAAGGUUAGACGGGAUCGCUCUUUCUCUUCUCCCCCUCAGAAAUUAUUUGUGGAAUUCUCAGGGACAUGAUCGGCUGACGUUUUGUUUUCAUUGUUUGUCAUAGGACCGCGCUGCGCGUUUCGGCAUGUCCCUCGCCGAGCUCGAGGCGCAGAAAGGAGGCGAUUCGGCUUGGGAAGCCGCUCGACCGGGGCUGCAGAAGCUCUGUGCGGUUUUGAAGAAGUACAAAAAAGAUGAAGGGCCGUUUUGCUUGGGCAGUCAGCCGAGUUAUGCGGAUAUGAUUGUUGUGGCCAUGUUGCAUAUGUUCAAGGUGAGAGCAGUGGUCGUGGAAGCAAUGUGUGGGUGUGUGUGUGUGCUGGCUGACUUUUAGGACAAGAGGAUUGGGGACGAUGUUUAUGAGAGGUUUGUGAAGACGGGAGGGGAGGAAUUGGGAGAGCUUUAUGAGGCUGCUCGGCCUUGGUUGAUGAAGGUGGAUUAG